GAAGCAACUCCACAGAUACAAUGGAAACUAAUAAUGUUUUGAAAAUUUGUCCACCAGAAGAUUCAAUGAAAGACUGCAAAACUGACAUAAAAUGUCCGAUUGUUAAUUGUGAUAAAGUUGUAUUUUCAUCAGGGAGUCUUCGUAUGCAUUUAACACGAAGCCAUGGGGUAUCUGAGUCAGACAGUGAUGAUGCAUUGAAACGAAGAAUUAAAGUUGAUCCUAAAGUUUACAAAGAAUAUCAUUGUCCACGGAAUGAUUGCCUUUAUAACAUAAACUCAGAGAGGCAUUUUACAAAUAUGGCGGGAUUAAAGCAGCAUUUUCUGAAAGUUCAUGCAGAGAAAAAGUUUAAAUGCAGUAAAUGUGGUUAUGGCUUUGGUAUGGAGAAAGACAAGAAAAGACAUGAGAGCCAUUGUGGAAUGACAUUUACAUGUACUUCAUGUCAGUGUACAUAUGUAUCUGUUGAGGCACUCCGGACACAUUGCAAUAGAACACAACACCAAAUACCUGAAAUGUAUACUAAAAGGGAAAAAGUGGACAAAAAGAAAGCCAAAGAUAAGAACAAUAAUAAAAAGCCUACCAACAGUAUAAAAGAUGUAAUAUCACAUCAAAAUAACCUGAGAAUACCUGUAAUAUUGUUACCUGUGCCUGUUACUAUGAUGAAUCAAAUGACCAAUCAGAACAAUUCAAUACCAACCCAGGCAAAUAUCCGUGAAAAUGUGAAUACCAAUAAAUCUGAAGUAUCAACACUGCAUUUAUUGGACCAUGAUUACCUACCAAACUCCAGUGCCGACUCUAAUAAACAAAAUCAAACACAGAAAGAUACUGGAAGUCAAAGUUUGAACUUUAUAAACAAUGUAGGCAAAUAUAAUUUAGUUCCUAUGUUAAGUUCUGCAAUGCAAACCGUUUCAGAACCACGGAAAGAGAUAGCGAUAAAAAGUAAGGAUACAACAACGAAUAUAGCACAAACUCAGACAUUGGGUAACUGUAUUCUGACUCAAGCAAUGACCAGUGCAAAUAUUCCUGUUGAAAGCUCAUCUGUUGGUACACAAAUCACACCAAAAGAGAAAUGUGUGGAAACACAAACAGGAAAGACUCCAAAAUCUAAAAGAGGAAACACAUCUCAUAAAAGUUCUUCCCCCAAGGAAAGAAUAAUAAGUCGGAAAAAAUUAUACAAUAAAUCUGCAUCAGAUUUGUCAACACAAAAGACUUCUAAGACUAAAGGAAGACAAUCUAAAAAGGAAUCUCUUGUAAAUCCAACUAAAAGCACCAACGUUUCAGAUACUAUUCAUUUUUCAAAUACUGGACUUUCAUCAAGUCAAUAUAUGUCAUAUAAUUCUAGUAAUACAGCUUGUUCAUCAGUUCAGACAUUAAACCAAAAUGAGAUGGUAUCAACUGGUUCACAGUUUUCUGAUGUUCAAGGUAACCAGGUCCAGAAUUCUUACUCUUCCACAAAUGGAGAUAGAAUUUCAAUGUCCACAUCAAUAAGUGAUUUUGAUUUUAUGCAGACAAUUGGUGUACAGACUAGUGAUUUCCAAGACUUUUUGUUGGCCCAAAAUGAUUCGGCCUCUCAUAUGGAUACAGGAACAAGCUCUAUUGGUAUCAAUACUGAGAAUUCACAAGUAAAUAAAUGUGUUGGUAAUGACCCUUCUUUUUCCAUUGAUUCACAUGUGCAAACUGUAGAUUUUGACUUCUUAGCAAAUUCACCGGAUCCUCCACCAUCUACAGAAGCUAUACAUACUCAAACACAGACCGUUGACCUUGAUAUUGAAUCUAUCGAAUCUCUUGUUUCAAGUAUACAAACACAAACAUUUGAUUCAGAUGAGUCAUUAACUGAUGUGCAGACUCAGACUAAGAAUAGUUUAUCUGUUGAUACUCAGACAUUUUCUGAAACUUUAGAUAAUAAUACAUUUUUGUCGUCCAGUAUGGAAACUCAGACAAGUAAUAGUUUAUCUGUUGACACCCAGACUUUAUCGGAAACUUUAGAUAGAAAUACAUAUUUUUCUUCCUGUAUGGAAACUCAGACAACAAAUAGUUUAUCUGUCAAUACCCAGACAUUAACUGAAACUUUAGACUGUAAUACAUUUGUGUCAUCCAGUAUGGAAACUCAAACUUAUGAUGAAUUUAUUGAACUUUUAUCGUCUGGUACACAAACACUUGACUAUGGAUUCUUUCAAGAUGCACCUUUAUCUCUAAUUGACAUUGAAACUCAAACAGGAAUAGACAAAAAUCCUCCAUUAAGUUUUGGGACACAAACUUCUGUAGUUCAAACAGAAACUGAAUCUAAAGGUACAAAUAUGGCAUAUGACUUUGAAAUAAAUAAAGGUUCUCGUUUCUGCCACGAUAGUUCAACAAGCAUGGAAGGUGAGGGAAACACACAUAAUGGAAAUAAUAAUUAUCAAAGUGAGCAAAUGGAAUUUCUUGUUUCUGAGGUUCUUGAAAUGAUACCUGUAGCGUCAGGAAGAUCACAUAUAGAUUCCAGAUCUUCAGCAAUCCAAGUAGAUAGUACAGAUAUAUAUACUCAAAGCAAGUCUGGAAUAAAUAUGGAAAAUAUGGACAACCAUACUCAAACAAAUUUAGAUUUCAACAGUAACACUGAUAGUCAUACCCAGACAGCGUUGGCACUAGAUACUAGUAAUAAUGAAACCCAAACACGAAGUUUGCAGGAGUUAACAAGUUCUGAAACUCAAACUGUUCUUCAGAGAGGAGGCCUUAACAUCGAUUUAACAGAUUCACAUACUCAAACAACUUGGAAAGAACUGAACGAAUUACUAGCAGAACUAGACCGUUGAAUGCAUAUUGAAACAUUAUUUAGGGGUAUUUGUAUGUGGUAAUGCCACUACAAAAGUUCCAAUUAUCAUUUAUUUGUGAUAUUGGGGGUAGGGUUGCCUUUAAGCUUAUAUGUUAAUAUUUAUAUUUGCAUUCAUAUUCUUAGAUGACCAGUUUUAGAUAAACAGAUAACAUGGAUAAAGCUAGAAUUUUUCAAUACUUUCAGUCUUUCAUUUUUUUUGGGUGCUUUGUUCUGACAAAUAAUAAUACUGCUAAAGUCAAAUAUAUUUAUAAUAUUGAAUGCUUUUAGUAAGAUGUGAUAUAUUAAGUUAUUAAAAAAAUAUUUUGGUUA